UGUGAGGUUUUAGUUUUCUUUUUCAGCUGUAGUUGCUGCUGUUGUUUUAAGUAGAGUUUGAAAUGUUUACUUCCUUUCAUCACUGAUGUUCAGACUCUUAUUCUUUCAGUUUCUUCUUUAUAAAGUCACAUGCCAACUGGCAAGUUUUAAUAGUUAAUGAAUGAAUUCCCUGUUUGUGCGUAAGACAGACAUCUCACUCUUUCAUUCUGUUUUCAGGUCCUCAAACCUCAAAUCUUCUGUGCUCGAUAUUGAACCGCUGCUGAAGUGUCAGUCUUGCGUCCAUAUAGCUGAUCCAGAUCAGUGGGUUCAGAUUGAGCCGUCGGCCUGUACAGAUAAAGGAGUUUCAAAGUUCAGGAUCAGUACUCGGCCAGGCCGUUACGAGUGUGUCAGGACCAGGAUGCGAUGGGUCAGUGAUUAUGACGUCACCCUUCAGUAUCACACCGUAGACGGACACUUCCUCAACAAAGAGCUGGAGAAGCUGCAGUGCAACCGGAUCGCUCCAGUGAUGGACGUGACGGUGAUCUCAGGGAAACUGGAGGAAGUUCAUCUGCCACAUUACGCCUGUUUAGGAGAGUCUGGAGCUUCCCUCAGAGAUGCUGUGAAAGUCCUCAGUGUAAAAGAUGAGGGAAUAACCACAGAACCAGUGCAGUUGACACGAUUCCAUGCUAAGAUUGUCAAACCAUCCUUCUCUCUUAAAACAUUAAUUAUAAGUUGGAUAAUGGGAUGGGAUGAACACUGCGAUCUUCUUCUCUACAUGCGCUCUAUAGAUCCUCUCAUUCUACAUGUCUACUUUUUUCCAUUUGAUGAUUGUGCAAAAGAAAAAGUUGAGAAGAUUGAAAAAUCAAGUUAUUGGAUCUUGCAUCCCAGACCUGACAGGCCGUUUCGGAUGAAAACUCCACACAGUCUUGAUGUUCCUGGCGCUUCUGUCCAUCCCAAAGAAGGGAUCACAUUCAGAAGAGAAACUGACCCAAAUUUCUUCAAGAUCAGGAUCAAGACACGUCUGGAGAACGAUUUUCAUAUGAGUCUGAUCAGAGAGGAAGACAAGAAGAUUGUCUGGACUGCAACACUUGAGAAAGAGGAACUUGAUCAGAUUCAUCCACAGAGAGACGAGUCGCAUCCACAGAGAGACGAGUCGCGUCCACAGAGAGACGAGUCGCGUCCACAGAGAGACACAUGCGCUCUAUAG